CUUUCUCUUUUUAGUUUCUUGGUCAUUUGUGGAAUCAGAAUGAGCGAGAAUGAGCCACAGGGAGAGGAAAGGGUGACUGAAAACCUAUACCACGGGCUGUCCACCUGCUCAACCUCCCCAUCCUCUUACUCUUCCCUAUUCACCAGAUAUUUUCUUUUUCUUUUAGUUUCUUCGUCGUUUGUCGAAUCAGAAUGAGCGAGAAUGAACCACAGGGGGAGGAAGGGGUGACUGAAGAGCUAAACCACGGGUUGUCCACUUCCCCAACCUCCCCAUCGCCUUUCUCUCUUCCCCACCUUUCACCCGUCACCCAUUCCUCACCGCCAUCCGACUCUUCCUCACCUCCUCCCCUUUCCUCAACCUCUCCACCUCAACCCACUAACACGAGUCCACCAGAUCCUCCAUCAACCCUCCCUUCUUCCACCUCCUCCUCUACCUCCCCACCGCAACCCAGUAACACUAGUCCACCUAAACCAGAACCUCAACCAACCCAACCGUCCUCCUCCUCCUCCUCCUUCUCCUUCCUAGCUUCUGAAACAAUGAUGGACGUCCCUUUAGCGGAGGCCGUGGUGGAAGAGCUUAGUGGGGUGGUGGAACGCCUUACUCUCAGCCCCAAGGAGAAACGGACCUUGGAGGAGCGACUCGGGGUUACGGGCGAGGCGCUGCAGGAGGCCUUGGUCUUUGUGGCAACCCGGAGCAGGCACUUGGACCAGCUGGAGGAGGAUCUUGAGACGAAGGAGCUGAUGCUUGAGAUGCGCGAGCUAGUGGUGGCGGCGGAGGUGGAGCGGCAGACGAGGCGGCUUGAGGACUUGAGUGAAGGACUUGUGGCGAAGAUGAACGCCCUGCAGGACCUCCAUGAUGCCCUGACGCCUGCCCUCGCCCAACGGUAUGAGGACACUGUAUCGGCGCUGAAGGAUGUGGCCGAAGGAGAGGAAGAGGCACGUUACCUCUCUGACCCCUUGGACCGUCGGGAGGGCACAAAGACCCCCUCUGAGGCAUGGCCGGAGCCUCGCCCAGUCCAAGGGGAGAAAGGCCACGGUGCACAUUUCAGGGUCGGGAAGGAGGAGGUGUUUGUGCAUGCGAAGUCCGGGGAGGUGUGGGUUCGAAUCCGCCCCUGUGACCUCGCGGAACCUAGUGACCUGACCCCGGUAAAUGAUGAUGCUGAUAAUGAUGGUGGUGACAGUGACGUCUUGCCCUUGAUUGAAGACACCUGUGACCUUGAAUGACAUGUUUUUCUUUUACAGGUGUUUUGUGACCCGAUUUUCACCUGUCACUUGUACGUACGCCAUGCACCUGUUUGUGUGAUUUCGUAUUUUCACGCUUUGCCAUUCACACUCGCACUCAUCUUUGACUCAUAAAACCACGUCCUUCCUUUAAGAGCCGAUUUUACAGUCCAACACAGUGGCUUUGUAAUCGCUCGUAUACCAAACUCUUCAGUCUUCUACACUCCACAACGACAAGGUUUUCAGCGCAACACCAGAUACACAAGAUAUUUCCCGUAUGGUUUCCUCAAAUUUCUAAACUUCAAUAUGUACACAAUACACUACACGAGGAAUUUUCUGAGGAAUUUUCGAAGCCUUUGGUAUUGGUUUGGAGGCUCAGGCUAAGUACUAACCCAUCAUGGCGAACUGUGAAAGGGACCUAAGUAUAUUUCACCCUCGUAUAGAGCCAUUUCUCCGUGUAUAUUUAUAGUAUUUUCUUAAAGGUUUAUAGUAUUACCUUCACCUUUUAUAGCCAACAUUUAUAAAUAUGACCAAUUCUUCAGUUUCAUAAAUCUAAGCGUCUUCUAAGUCUAUAGAAUUAGUGCCUCCCAUAUAAAUAGUUCCCCCUUCAACCAUAUAUAUUACAGUCAUAAUAAGCAUCGGAAACCUUUAAGAGAGAUGCAACAGAACAUAAGGAGUCUGCACGAAGCCGUUUGGUCUAUACAAGGCAGCUCCCGUGAACCUAAUCCCACUUAGCAACACUACCCAUGAAUUUAUAUAUUUUUUGUCUAUCAUAAUGGCACUCACAACAUGACUGCCUAGAAUGAACGAACAAUAGAGAGCGUACGCCUUUCCUUACGUAUGAAUGGUACAUGUUUUCGUUCAGCGUUGCAUAUUGUUACGUGCUUGAGGGAUGGAGUUAAGGGGUAACUGUACACUUCUCUUUCAUCACAGCCCUUUCCUCUAAAUUUUAUAACACCUACAUUAAACCGUCCCUUCAUACUCGCUUCCUCCCAUUCAUUCAGUCCGUUUCCCCCUCUUGCAACGUAAAGUCAGAAGCGUCUAAGAAUGCUAACCUAUACUUCUCUUCAAUUACAGCCCCUUCCUUAAACUUAUAUUACACCCAUACUAAACCUUCCUUUCAUACAUUCGCUCCCUCCCUUUCAUACAACCCGUUUCUCCCGCUGGUAACGUAAAGUAAACCCAACUGCUUCCAUUGAACAAGAAAGCCUUCCUAUCUGUUUGCUGUUCUUCUCUUUCAUUAGUUAUUCGAUUCCUCCGAGGUAAAUUACACAUACAAUACCUCCCCUUAACAUAUUUCCUCCCUUCCACUUCUAUUGCCAAUCCAAAGAACACGAAACCUUCCCAUUCAUUUUGUUAUAAUUCUCUUUCAUUGAUUAAUCGAUUCCUCCGAGGUAAAUUACACAUACAAUACUUACCCUUUAUAUAUUUGCUCCCUCCAACUUCUGCUGCCAAUCCAAAGAACGCGAAACCUUUCCCAGCCAGUUUGUUUUAAUUCUCUUUCAUUAGUUGAUCGAUUCCUCUGAAGUAAAUUACACAUACAAUACUUUCCCUUCACAUAUUCGCUCCCUUCGACUUCCAUUGUCCAUCUGUCCAAUGCUAACAUAUUAUCAAGUUUGCUGUUUCUAUUCCUCCACUCAAAACUUCAAUACGUCUAGAGCCUUCCUUGCAUUCUCAUUCCUUUAGUCUUUUCACAUUUUCAAUCUGGAUUCAGUUUCUGUUAUUGUCAGUCAAUCAAGCAUAUCCAUAUUACCAAAUUUGCUACGGGGAGUGGAGGGAGACGAGGAGAGAGGAGAGGAGAGGAAAGGGAUAGGAGAGAAGGAAGGGAUAGGGAAAGAAGGAGAGAGGCCAGUAUCCCUUCAGUUUCUUCAAUUUCAGUCGAUCAAAAGCAUCCACAUUAUCAAAUUUGCUAAGAUAUGGGAGAGGAGAAGAGAGGAGAGGAGAGGGAUAGGAGAGGAGGGAAGGAAGGGGAGGAGUCGGGAAAGGAUGAGAGAGGAAUGGAAAGGGAUAGGAGAGGAAGGAAGGGGAGAGGUCUGUAUCCCUCCACUUAUAUAGUUUAAAAGCAGAGUGAGUGCCUCCCCAAUCCACCUACUCGUUCCCGUUCAUAGCCGGCUUUCUCUCCCUCUCAUAACCUCGCCCUAACCGUAUCCAUUUAACGAGGAACCCUCAGCAUCACCCUCGUCCUCAUCCGCGCACUGAUAGACUCGCUAAGGGCACGAAAGAAUGACUGAAAUGCGCACGGAAGGUUAAGCGUGUAGUUUGAAUCCUUCACUGUAAUCUUUCUCCGUUGUUUAAUUUCAAUGUUUGUGUGUUUGGGAAUAAUGGAAAUAUAUGAAUGUAAGGCGGAUAAUAAAGGGAAAGAAAACUCUAAUGUGGUUUUAGUGUUUCUUGAUC